AGAUGGCGUAGCGACAUUGCUAACCGAAUACUGACAGCCCUCCCCUCAUUGUUUUACUGAAUAAGAGGAGGAUACAGCACUACAUGUAAUACCUGCUGAUAGCAAACUGAAAGCGAAGAGCACAGACUCUAUUUGAGCUGUUUUGUUUUUGAACGAGCCGAGUAAUGUAGGACGGAUGGUGUAACGAAAAAGUACUAGCAGCCUGCUAGCGCUUAACAUAUGUGUUUGUAUGUCUCUGUCUGUCUGUGUGUGUGUGUGUAUGUGUGUGUGGGACGAGCAGAGGUUUUUUUUCUCAAUUACACUCUACAAAAGAAAAGUGCGAAAGAAUUUGCUCGGCUAAACAAAUAUCAGGAGUCACUGGCCUGGAUUUAGGCUCGUUUUAUGAGCAAGAAGAGAAGAGAGGAGCAGUAAACUUGACUCAGGAAUGACGGACAUGGCUGCAGUGUCGCCACAUUCAUCCAGGUCUGAUUGAGCAGAGCCGUGAGCUACUCAGUGUGUCAGCGCUCCGAUGGAAUGAUCCAGCAGGGUGACUAAGAGGAGGAAGAAGGGGGGAGAGGAUGGGUGUGAAUGCCUCCAGCUACUCUCACUCGUGCUCCCCUCGGUUCGGGGGUAACCCACAGACCCAGCAGACCUUCAUAGGCGCCUCCUAUGCACCACAGGCUUAUGGCGGCGAGUCCAAGCUCUACAGCCUAGAACAUGGCCCUGAAAAACCUCAGGACAAAAAGAAAAAGAGCUCCGGUUUGGCCACCCUCAAAAGGAGAUUCAUUAAGCGACGCAAGUCCAGUCGGUCUGCCGAUCAUGCGCGGCAGAUGCGCGAGCUCCUCUCGGGGUGGGAUGUGCGUGACGUCAAUGCCCUGGUGGAGGAAUAUGAUGGCACGGCAGCCCUCAAAGAGCUCAGUCUGCAGGCGGGCCUAGCCCGCCCUGAGGCUCGCACCCUGCAGCGUGAUUUAGCUAACCUUUAUCAGCACAAGUACUGCACUGAUGUGGACCUGAUCUUCCAGGAUUCCUGCUUCCCAACACACCGAGCCAUUCUGGCUGCCCGCUGCCCAUUCUUCAAGACCCUGCUUUCGUCGUCGCCAGGUUACGGGGCAGAGGUGUUGUUGAAUGUUGGGACGGCAGGCAUGGAUGCGCCCAUGUUCUCCUCGUUGCUGCAUUACCUCUAUACAGGUGAGCUGGGAUCAGAGGACGUGAGGUUGCAGAAUGUUGAUGUGCUGGUCAGACUGAGUGAGGAGUUCGGUACGCCCAACUCCUUAGAAGCCGACAUGCGAAACCUCUGUGAGCACAUGCCGUAUUUUGACUCGCUGCUGAGCUUCACCUCGGACUCUGAGCUGGUUGAGGCUUUCGGAGCAGGUGGACCUGCUCCUAGUGGCAUAGGAGGUGGAAACGCAGGGGUGAACCUCAGCUCUCCUGAUGAGGAGCUAAGGGCCCACAAGGCCGUGCUUUCAGCCCGCUCGCCAUUCUUCCGCAACCUGCUGCAACGACGCAUCCGCUCGGGGGAGGAGAUCACCGAGCGAACUCUCCAAACCCCUACCCGUAUUAUCCUCGACGAAUCCAUCAUUCCCAAAAAAUACGCCUGUGUGGUCUUGCACUGCAUGUACACCGAUGCGGUGGAUCUUUCACUAGUGCUGCGCGGGAGCCCUUCUGAAGGCAGUCUGGGUGAAGUUCAGGCGCUGGUGGCUGGAAGAGGGUGCAUUAGUCGGGCCGAAGAGGCCAUGGAGCUCUACCACAUCGCCCUCUUCUUGGAGUUCAGCAUGCUAGCUCAGGGCUGUGAAGACAUUGUGGCAGACAGCAUCUCGCUGGACUCUGUGGUGGCCAUCCUGAAGUGGAGCUCACAGCCUUACGGCUCCAAAUGGGUUCAUCGGCAGGCCAUGCACUUCCUGUGCGAGGAGUUCAGCCAGGUCAUGACCUCUGACGUCCUCUACGAGCUUAGCAAGGAAUAUCUGCUGGCGGCCAUUCAGUCUGAUUACCUGCAGGCCAGUGAACAGGACAUCCUCAAGUAUGUUGUAAAGUGGGGUGAACACCAGCUCAUCAGGAGGAUGGCCGAUAGAGAGCCUAACCUGUUAAGUGGUACUGCACAUAGUGUGAAUAAACGUGGUGUGAAAAGAAGGGAUCUGGACCUGGAAGAGCUUAAAGAGAUUCUGUCUCCACUGCUGCCUUUUGUCAGAACGGAGCACAUAUUACCAACCAACAGUGAGGUCCUCUCCGAUACUAUGAAGAGGGGUCUGAUCAGCACUCCUCCCUCUGACAUGCUGCCCACAGCAGAGGGAGGCAAAGCCAACGCCUGGCUCCGGCAGAAGAGUGCUGGCAUUUAUGUUCGCCCACGGUUAUUUUCUCCUUCUGUAGAGGAGGCCAAGGUGGUUUUGGAGGAGAUAAUGGUCGAGCAGACUGACCUGGUUAGGCUGCGCAUGGUUCGCAUGUCCAAUGUACCCGACACACUCUACAUGGUAAACAAUGCCGUCCCCCAGUGUUGUCACAUGAUCAACCACCAGCAAAUGGCUGGCAGCCAGACCGCUCCACCGUCUGUGGUUGCUAAUGAGAUACCAGUGCCCAGGUUGGCAGUAGUGAAGGAAAUGAUCCGUAGGCUUCAGGAGCUGCGUCACACAGACCAGGUGCAGCGAGCAUAUGCUCUGAACUGUGGUGAGGGCGCCACAGUCAGCUACGAGCUGCAGAUCCGUGUGCUUCGAGAGUUUAGCCUACCAGACGGGGCUGCAGAACUCCUACAGAAUCCGCACAAAUUCUUUCCCGAGGAGCGUUUUGGAGACGAGAGUCCCGUCCUGGCCUUACGGCAGUCAGGUCGCUGCCGGGUCAACAGUACACCAGCUGUGGAGAGCAUGUUCACUGACCUGGAGGCUCUGGUGGGCUUCCGCCCCCCUCUGCCCCCUCCUCCUCCACCCUACCAUCCCCCAGCCACACCGGGCCAUAGCCAGCAGCAGUAUAAAACGGGCUGGAGACCUCGGGUCCCCACCCAACCUCCCUCCAGAUCUUUCUCCUACCCCUGCAAUCAUGCACUCCUUCACAGGCAGCCCUCGUCCAAGAUGACCAGCCCAGCCUACCCACCAGGAGCCAAGCCCCUGCCCCCAGACUGCACUAAUGCACAGGGGGGGAGGAAUCUUCAUCCUGACAAGCAAAUGCAGACCAUGGAGCCUGUUAUCAACGAGUUCAUGCCGGACAUCGCCAUGGGUGUUUCAGCAAUGAGCCUGAAGGAGCGGCGCCUUCCGGAGGUCUCCAUGGAGGUAGAGAGUCACGAAGCCCACCCUCAUCUUGCUACAGCACCUCCCAUCUCCCACAGCUACUCGAGUCGUCACCCGCACUCUUCCCGAAAGCGGCAUGCAGCCGAACCCAAGCCUGAGGGCCCACAGCCUGACUUCCCAGAUCUCUACGAGUUCCCAGGCCGUCACGUGCCUCCCUACAGUGGACCGGACCUCUAUAUCCACAGCCGUCAGGCAGGUGGUGGAGCACCACCUCCGUCCUACUCCGAGGCUUCAGAAUCCCUCCGCCUGGAUGUUCUGGAACAGCCUCCGCAGAGACUAGGCUUGGCAAUCGUCUCACAAGGGGGCGUUGCACAAGCUGUGCAGAGGUCAUGGCCCAUAAAUGAGACGGACCUCACCUGUGGGCUUGGCCCCUCCACAGAACAUUAUGAGGAAUGGCCCAUGGGCCGCCGGCCUGCUCCAGAAGGAAUGGGGUUGAGCUUAGGAGCGAACGUUGGGUCUGAGGACGAGGGAGGGUUGGGUACCCGAGACCGCAGGUCACCCAGCAAACCUGAAUACCCCUACAGAAAGUCUGCUCUCUGACCCCUGAUUAAAAAGAGACUGAGGACUGAUUUAAAUGCUAAGUGUAAGCUAACAGGUAAGGCACCAGCAGUCCUGCACUUUGUGUUCUUUCGAGGGCCGACAGUAUCUUGAAGUGAUGAACACCCAUAAGCUACGUGAGUGACUGCUUUUCUGAAGACUAGAGGGAGAUGUUCUGUAAACUGCUCUGGAUAGGUUUAAAAGGAAGAGGAAGAAGAGCUUGGUUUGGUUGUGUGCACCCUGGAAAAAGGUUAAAAAUGCUAAAUAUUUUAAUCUGAGAGGUCCAAGGACUUCAUUCAACAGCCCUGAAAUGUUUUUCUUUGUUCUGUAUAACCAGGUUUUCAGAUUUCCCUCACAUGCUGCAUAUUAAUGUACAGAUAUCACAGUAUAUUUCUUUAACUGUCAUGUCCCAGAACAGACGAGACUGAGAUGACUGGAGAAAUAUACAUUCAUCUAGAUGCACAGAUUUCAUUCCUUGGGAGUAAAGUAAAAAACAAAUAUGAAGGCACUACGUUGCAAGAUCAUCAUUUUGUCUAGUCAUUGACAAACAGCUCCUUCUUCAUUUGAGGGCAGAGUGGCAGUAAUAGUUUGUGUAAUCUGCUGUAUAUGCUGGCUUUUACAUUAGCCUGUGCAAUUUAAAAGCCGAGAUAAAACACAAAAAAGAAAACAAAUAAAAUCCCCUGUCUCCUAUGAGGCAAUUUAUCAGGCAUUGCAAUGGCACAGAUGUACCAUUGAAUGUGAAUGGGCUUUGUUUUAGCAUGUUCCACAACUCAGAUCUGCAAGAUUUAUUCCAGUGUAUUUAACUUUAAAAACUAUCUGUCCUCUCAAACAAACAUUUGGCAUCCUCUUUUGCAUUCAGAUUCUCUUUCCAAGGCUGCAGUUGGUGGCAUUACAGAGAGACUGCAAAUAUGGGUUGAUCAUUAUCAGCCUCGUUCUCUAGAACUGUACAGGACGUGCAACCAAACCAACCUCACACCACAUCCUCUGUCUUCUGGUUCUGUAGGAUGGCAGAAGUCCAUGGCUGGGAGUUCAGUAGCUUUUCUGUGCUGCUUCUGUCAGCAGAUGACCAACAAUUAUGAUGUCAUGAACAGGCUUUGCAAAAAAACAGAAUUCUGUGUUAGUGUCUUGGACACAAGGAUUUAGAGUAUGGACUUUUGAUUUGUUACACAACUCUUUAAGAAACAAUAUCAUACACACUGCUGCACACCAUACCUUAUAGAUGAAGUGACUUAUUUAAAGCUUUUUUAACAUAUGAAAUACUUGUAUUCUUAAAUAAUUGUGCAAUAGUGCAGAUUUUUUUCAUUUUAAAUAUUCAUUUUGCUUUCUUCUCCUCACAACCUUUCUCAGAUUAUACUGACACAGCAAAUAUGCAGGCUAGUUCACCCAAAAUGC